CAGUUUCACCCCGUUGAAGCUGAACCAUCGGGUUUUACAGGGCCUCGAGCAUCCUGGGAAGUUGGGAAGGAGACGAGGACGCAUUUGUCCUCUUUCGCGUGCGGCUGAUCAAGCAGCAGGGCGGCCCUGUAGCGUCUUGACCCCUCUAGGAGGGCUGCCAAGAUGGCUCGUGGUGUGAAGAAGCAUCUGAAGAGGCUCAAUGCCCCGAGCCAUUGGAUGCUUGACAAGCUUGGCGGAGUGUUUGCCCCCAAGCCGUCCCCUGGUCCCCACAAGGAGCGCGAGUGCCUCCCUCUCAUCCUCAUCCUGAGGAACAGGCUCAAGUAUGCCCUUACUGGCCGUGAGGUGACGGCAAUCCUCAUGCAGAGGCUGGUGGAGGUGGACGGCAAGGUCCGCACUGACAAGACCUACCCGGCAGGCUUCAUGGAUAUCAUCCACAUUGCCAAGACCGACGAGCACUUCCGUCUUCUGUACGACUCCAAGGGGCGCUUUGUGACCCACAGGGUCACUGCUGAGGAGGGAAAGUACAAGCUGGCCAAGGUGCGCGCCCAGAAGGUUGGCGACCGCGGCAUCCCGUACAUCUCCACCUCCGACGGGCGCACCAUCCGGUACCCGGACCCGUUGAUCAAGGUCAACGACACGGUCAAGAUCGAUAUUGAGACCGGCAAAGUGAUUGACUUCAUCAAGUUCGAUGUGGGCAACAUCGUCAUGGUCACGGGAGGGCGUAACAGAGGGCGAGUGGGGAUCCUGCAGCACCGUGAGAAGCACAAGGGGAGCUUCGACAUUGUGCACAUCAAGGAUGCGGCGGGCCACCAGUUCGCCACGCGGCUGACCAACAUCCAGCUCAUCGGUUCGGGCACCAAGCCGUGGGUCAGCCUGCCCAAGGGCAAGGGUAUCAAGCUCUCCAUCGUCGAGGAGGCCAGGAAGGCACGGGCGGGCGCGGCUAAGGUGGCGGCAUAAGCGACCGUUCAGCAGGGAGAAACUGGGCUUGGGAUGAGGGACAGUUGUAUAUGAACCGAAACUCUGUCUGCAACCCCGUGCCCUCGAGCAUGUUGCACUCGCUUCCCCCGCUUGUUCUUUAUACUCAAAUGAUCAUACGACGCGUGUCAUCAGCG